AUGAGUGCAGUUCUGUUUUUCUUUAUUUUCCUUUCUGUAAUCCGCUACACUAUUUAUACCGAAAACAAAACAUCUUUAAUGUGGUUUGUAUCUUUUUCCUUUCUCUCUCUCUCUCUCUAUUUCUCUCUCUAUCUCUCUUUCUCUAUCUCUAUCUCUCUCCCUCUCUCUAUCUCCCUCUCUCUAUCUCUCUUCUUUACAAAUGAAGAUUGUGAAGUUCUCUCUGUAGUGAUUAUUGCAAUACGCAAGAUCACAAAGUCUAAUGCAAUUCAACUACCUCACCAAGGUUCGUCUGGCGGUAAUAACGCUGCUUCGACCAUUACGCUCCUUUCUGUUUCAUUCUAUCUGAUUUUUACCACCCUACCGGUGACUCUGGUUUUUGUCAUCAACAACAAUGUACCGACAGGUGACGUCCAACUCACUGACGAACAGAUACGAGCUGAUCCCCAGUGGACAUCCUAUUUCAUGUUUGUCACAAUUCGCAGACUGAUUGAAGAGUUGUGCUUCUCGCAUUACUCCUGUUACUUUUUUGUGUAUUGCCUCACGGGUCCGCAAUUCCGGAAGGCAUUUCUCGCGUUACUACCAGUCAAAGUCUGUCAGGCCCUGAGUCAUCCAAAUCAAGGACGCUACACGAUUGUGACGGGAAACGGGCGAAUUACGAAUGAAAGUUGCACAACUUACGUAUGA